AACGUACCUAUUUACUUUAUAGCAAUUUAUUUCACAGACAGGAUAAUAGUCAGUCCAUUACUUGUCGGAAAAACGAGCCCAUUAAGGGAAAGAUAAAUAAAUAAAAGGUUUUGUAAAUAGAUUCGGUUGUUGGAUUGGAUUGAACCGGAGAAAGAGUUUUUCAGUUUACACACAGCUGCGAUACUGUCAAAGUCUUUGUGGUUUUUGUUCAUCCAAAAGUAUCCAAAUUUUUUACUCAAAAAUAUAAAGAACAUUGGCAUUUGUGCAUAAUUUUGCUAAAAUCGAGCCCAAUAACGGAAAGGAGUGUGGCAGGUCGGGUUGGGUGUGGCAGGUCGGGUUGGGUGUGGCUAUAAAUUCGGACUUAGGAAAAUUUCCUAAGGAAAUCUCAAUUUGCUUCAAAACAUGGCGGACGUAGGAGUGACCGAUUUGGAAAAGAACGAGCCCAAGAAUAUCCAAGAGUUGACUCAAUAUAGUCUCCUUCAAAACAUGCAGGAUAAAUUUCAGCAAAUCUCGGACCAAAUAUUGAACCGAAUUGACGACAUGGGUGGGCGAGUGGAUGAGCUCGAGAAAAAUAUAGCUGAUCUGAUGACCCAAGCGGGGGCCGCUCCUACGCCAGGAUUUGACCAGCCACCUGGACCAGGAGGACCGAAUUAGUAUUCAAAUCAAACUGACUGUAAUCAGUAAUGUAGAGUGAAAAAUGAUCAAUUUCGUAUGGUUACUCCCUAUUUAGCUAAGUAAUAUUCACAAGAUUUUGUACAAUUUGCACUAACAAAAUUUAAUAUCGAUGCCACGCUUACGUGAAACUUUUUUCAUUUGUAUAAUCUUGUUAAAUGUGGUUUGUUGGAGUUUGCAUAAAAAUUAGUAAUAAAGAGGCUAAUAAAUCUUUGAAAAUA